UAUAAAGUUGGCAAAGAUUUAAGGCCUAAAACGUGACGAAGAAAACACAAAUCGAGACACUUUUCAGGCGGCUGCAGACUGGCCGACUGAGUUGUCUCUUCACGGUUCUCAUGGAUGUUAUAACUUCCGUCUCGCGCUCGAGACUUCAUCAUUUACUGAGAAUCAUGGCAGAAGUAGCUCCAGCACCCGUACCGGCUAAAGCUCCGGCUAAAGCCCCGAAGAAGAAGACCGGUACCAAGGCUAAAAAAGAUGGACCCAGCCUCGCUAAACUCAUCGUGGCCGCCGUAGCCGAGUCCAAAGAGCGCAAGGGGAUGUCUGUGGCGGCUCUCAAGAAGGUCCUGGCCGGGAAAGGCGUCGAUGUGGUCAAAGCCAACAAGCGUAUCAACACCGCCGUUACCAAGCUUGUAACGAAGGGAGCUCUUAGCCAAACUAAAGGGACAGGAGCAUCCGGGUCCUUCAAGCUCGCUAAGAAGGAGCCCAAAGCCGCCAAACCGGCCAAGAAAGUGGUGAAGAAGAAGGCUCCCGCCAAGGCAAAGAAACCAGCCGCCAAGAAGGCCACAACACCCAAGAAACCCACCGCUAAGAAAGCAGCAGCCAAGAAAUCUCCGAAGAAGGCAGUAGCUAAGAAAUCUCCGAAGAAGGCAGCGGCCAAGAAAACUCCAAAAAAGGUGGUCAAGAAGAGCCCUAAAAAGCCCGCCGCCAAGAAGCCAAAGGCUGCUAAGAAGCCUGCAGCCAAGAAAACGGGAGCCAAAAAACCCGCAGCGAAGAAGGCCAAGAAGUAAAGAACUUUUCUC